GAACUCAAUGGCCAUAGCAAACUUUCGCAAAGCCCAGCAUGUCUUUGAAGGAGAAGACGCGCGGCGCGACUGGAAAUGCAUCUUUCACUGCCCAAGCACGCGCCCAUCAAGAAAGGCUCGAAUCACAGAUACCAAUUUCUCUUCGUCUUCCAGUCUCUGUGCUAGACAACCUUCCUCUGGAUGUGACAAGCAUUCCAGAGUCGUGUGGUUUAUUGACUCCUGCUGAGCUCGCUAUCACUGAGUUAGACGCAACAGCAGUAUGCGAAAAAAUUGCAAAGGGAGAGCUGACAGCAGAGGAAACCGUCGUAGCCUUCGGGAAGCGAGCAGCUAUCGCGCACCAGGUCACUGCUUGCUUAACAGACUACUUCUUAGACGAGGGAAUUGCUCAAGCCAAAGAGUUGGAUGCGUAUUUCAAGCGUGAGGGUAAAGUCAUUGGACCUCUUCAUGGACUACCAAUUUCGAUCAAGGAUCACAUUCCUGUUAGGGGAAGGUGGGGCUCUGGCGGUUUUCUUUCGAACGUGGAACUUUCAGCAGAAGAUUGUGAUAUGACUAGGAUUCUACGAAGUCUUGGAGCUGUGUUCUAUGUAAAGACGAACCAACCGCAAAGCAUAAUGCAUUUGGAAUCGCAAUCAUUCUAUGGACGCACUCUUAAUCCCCACAACAGCAAUCUUACUUCGGGUGGAUCAUCAGGUGGGGAAGCGGCGUUAUUGGCAAUGAAGGGAUCAUGUAUGGGUGUUGGAAGCGAUGGUGGAGGAUCUAUUCGUGGCCCAUGUUCCAACUGUGGUUUAUACGGCAUUCGACCUACAUCCAAAACAAUGCCUAUGAAUAACUACAUUUGGUAUCAGGAUGGCCAAGACGGAAUUCUUGCAUCUACGGGUCCCAUGUGCCGCUCAGCCAGGGAUAUGAGGUUCUUCUUAAAUGCAGUCUUUGGUGCACGGCCAUCCCUAUUGGAUCCCAAUUUAAUCCCGGUCCCUCUAUCCAAUCCAGACCUCAGCCAAAGGAAGCUUCGUGUUGGCAUCAUGAUGCAUGAUGGAGUAGUGAUGCCACACCCUCCCAUGCUUCGUGCCCUUGAACUUGUCAAAGCCAAGCUUCAAGCUGCUCCAAACAUUGAAGUUGUCGACUACAUACCCUUCGAUCACGAUCAGGGCUAUAGUCUAACCCGAGAGAUGUAUUAUGAGGACAAUGGCGACACAUUACGCCGACUACUGGCAGAAGGUGGUGAAGACAUCCUCCCGCUUACAGAAUGGGUAAUCAGCCCUCCGCAUACAAAAGGUCAUAACGCAGUUGAGAUGUGGGAGUUGCACGACAAGCGUGACAAAUACAGGCGAAGCUACUCAGAUUACUGGCAAGUUUACGGUCUCGAUGUCCUUGUGUGCCCACCAUUUCCUGGAACCGCGAAUCGCCAUGAUACUGCAAGAUAUUGGGGUUAUACAGCGAUAUGGAACAUCUUAGAUUACCCUGGUGUGGUUUUUCCCACUGGUCUCAAGGCCGAUCCGUCUAUUGACAUAACGAGAGAUGGAGUCAAGCCCAUGAGCCAGGCUGACGAGUAUAACCAAGCACUUUACGACCCUGAGAUCUUUACUGGAGCUCCAAUAUGCUUGCAAGUUAUCGCUCGCCGAUUCAAUGAUGGUUUGGCUCUGGCUGCUCAAGAGAUCAUCGAACGUAUCAUCAAGACCUAG